AUGCGGGCAAUUGCCAGCCGCUUUCGACCCGUGCUGCGCGAGCGGGCAAGGCUGGGGCUUCCAAAGUCAAUCUCUACGAGGACAGUAUCCGUCGUCUCCAUGACGACCCCGUCCGAUCAGGGCACCAAGUUAUCGAAGCGCCAGAUCGUCCAGGCAAUCCAUCGCGGCUUUGCAACUUGGCAGCCAAAGCUGUCCAGCGACACAAGAGCAUCAGGCACAUCCACCGACGACGGCCCUUCCAUCCCACCACCGCUCAAAGGAAUCCGCAUCGUCGAUCUCACUCGCGUUCUUGCAGGCCCUUACUGCACCAUGCUCCUCGCUGACCUUGGUGCAGACGUCAUCAAAGUCGAACAUCCUCGCGGCGGUGACGAUACCCGAGCUUGGCUCCCUCCUUUCGCUCAACCACCCACCGGCAAGGACGCACCCAAACCUCCGCCUGGAAAAGAGGACUACUGGGCUAGCCUGCCUCCCGAAUCAGCCUACUUUCUCUCCGUCAACCGCUCCAAGCGAUCCAUCACUGUUGACCUUAAAUCUCCCGCGGGAAAGAAGAUCAUCCACGAUCUCGUUGCUAAAGCGGACGUUGUGGUCGAGAACUACCUCCCCGGGAAACUCGCCAGUAUGGGUCUGGGCUAUGAGGAUUUGAACAAGAUCAAACCCGACAUCAUCUAUGCUAGUUUGACAGGAUACGGCCAGACGGGAUCGUACAGGGACAAAGCGGGAUACGAUGUGAUUAUUGCAGCGGAUGCGGGAAUGAUGCAUAUCACCGGCGAAGCUGAUCGACCUCCCGUCAAGAUUGGAGUUGCAAUGACAGAUCUCACGACGGGGUUAUACGUUCAUGGAGCGAUCAUGGCCGCCCUACUCGGCAGAGCGCAAACAGGCAAAGGCGUCCAUAUCGAUGCCAGCUUGUUCGAAUCUCAAAUUGCCUCUCUUGCCAACAUCGCAUCUAACUACCUCAUCGCAGGACAAGAAGCUGGUCGACACGGAGACAAGCACCCUUCCAUCGUCCCCUACCAAACAUUUCAGGCCAAAGACGGCCGGAUCAUGCUGGGCGCAGGAAAUGACGGUCAGUUCAAGUUCCUCUGCAAUCUUCUCGGCAAACCUGAACUCUCUUCAGACUCUAAGUAUGCGACGAACGCAGCAAGGGUUCAGCACAGAGAAGAACUGAUCCCACUGCUGGAUAAAUUGCUCAAGGAAAAGACGGUGCAGGAAUGGUGCGAUGCGAUUAACGGAAAAAUUCCGGCUGCCCCGAUUAGGAAUAUCAGGGGAACGUUUGAUGAGCAUCCGCAGAGUAAAGAUAGGAAGGUGGUGGAGGAAGUGGAUCAUCCGAGAGCGGGGAGGAUUAAGAUUGUUGCGCCCGCGGUAAGGUAUGGUGAUGGGAAAAUGAGGGUGAGGCGUGCUCCGCCAGUGUUGGGACAGCAUACGGAUGAGGUGCUGAUGCAGGAGUUGGGGUUGAGUGAGGAAGAGGUUGUCAAGUUGCGGGAGGAGGGCGCUAUUGGGCCUUGA